AUGUUACAUAAUCUUGACAUCAACCUGGGAAAAGAAACAGAGAAUGUCGCAAAGAUGACCUUUUUAAUUCCUCCAUCAAUGUUGGAUACUCAAGCUUCAAAUGGCCUUUCAUCGCCCUCCCUCCGGAGUGUACGUCCAAACAUGACGAUGUCACCAGGUGAUGUCGGAAUAUUAAAAUCAACGAUCCUCCCAUCCUUCGGUCUUUACUCAAGCCUCUCACUGGCAACAUACAUCGCAGCCGAGGCAACCGACAGAGUCGAGCUGAAAGACUGGCUAUGGCCCUCAGCCCAGGUCGUCAAUGCCUGGUGGAGCGCCAUCGGACAACCGAUGUACGACCAAGGGAUUUCAUUCACCGAAAGCUGGGAUGUUCUUCCAUGGACCGAGAAGGUGAUAUUAAGCUGUGUUACUAUCUGGGGCACUAGGCUCUUCAGUCGCAUCGCAUUGCGGUCUCUUUCGCGUGGCAAAGAUGAUGCUCGAUACGACGCCGCCAAGAAAGAGCCUGGAUUUUGGAGAAUGGCUUUCUUGAAGAUCUUCUUGCCCGAAGCCAUUGUGUUAAGCGUUAUAUCGCUCCCGUUCACCGCGCCAUUCCGUAUGAGUGCGAGCACGGUAUUGCUGGAUGAAAAUACCACGAGCCUCGUUCGUGGGCUGGGCGUUGGGCUCUUUGGUGCAGGGUUUGCCAUGGAGGCUAUGGCUGACAUUCAGCUUGCUCUGCAUUGCAAGGAACGGAGUGACUUAUGUCGGCAUGGAGUUUGGAGUAUUGUGCGACAUCCAAAUUAUUUGGGAGACACAUUGGUUCAUUUCUCCUAUGCUCUAUUGAACUUGGCUGGUAAUUUCAACCCGUUUGUUUUGCUGGGACCGCUCUCAAACUACGUGUUUCUGCGCUUUGUCGGAGGUGACAAGCAGACGGAGGCCAGCCAAGAGGAGAGGUACAAGGCUCAUGAUGUUCACAAGUAUGAACAGCUCCGGCUGUGGCAGAAGCAGAACAACAGCUUCUGGCCUUCUCUCAAAGAUCUAAAGAAUCCGUGGGCACUCGCUGUUGCGGGCUGUGGCUUCAUUGCUGUAGUGCUGGAGGAAGGACUGAGAGUUAACAGCGUAGUAUGA